AUGGGGAUUGAGAAGACCUUGGCUGAGAGAAAAGGAAGGGAAUUUUGUGGAUUUUCGAGGGAAACCAUUGCCAGCAGCAACUCACGGCGGAACCGGCGGCGGCAGAGGAAGAAACCGCCGGUUCAGAUGCUCUUCGAGACUUGCAAGUUUGUCUUUGCCUCUGGGGGGACAGGCUUUGUCCCUCCCCCUCAGGACAUUGGCAAGUUGCGGUCUGUUCUAGAUGGAAUUAGGCCAAAAGACGUUGGUUUGAGACCUGAUAUGCCGUAUUUCAGGUCAAGUGCCACUCAGAGAGUGCCAAGAAUACAGUAUCUGCACAUUUAUGAGUGUGAAAAGUUCUCGAUGGGAAUAUUUUGUUUGCCACCUUCUGGGGUUAUCCCUCUUCAUAAUCACCCUGGAAUGACGGUUUUCAGUAAGCUACUUUUUGGCACUAUGCACAUCAAGUCAUAUGAUUGGGUCGUUGACUUGCCUCCUGAAUCUCCUAACAUCAUCAAUCCGUCAGAAAACCAAGCUCGUGUGAUGAGGUUAGCCAAAGUUAAGGUCGAUGCUGAUUUCACUGCUCCAUGCAACCCCUCCAUCUUAUAUCCAGAAGAUGGGGGCAACAUGCACUGUUUCACAGCAGUGACAGCAUGUGCAGUUCUAGAUGUGCUUGGUCCUCCAUAUUCUGAUACUGAAGGCAGACACUGCACAUACUACCACAAUUUUCCCUUUUCCAACUUUUCAGUGGAUGGAUUAUCCAUACCAGAAGAGGAAAAGAGUUCUUAUGAAUGGCUACAAGAGAGGGAGGAACUUGAAGACUUGGAAGUAAAUGGAAAAAUGUACAACGGUCCAAAGAUUGUGGAGAGCUAA